GAAAAAGAAUUCCAGCUCAAGGGCAAGGAGUUGGAAGGCUAUUGGAUAGUCCUGAAAAGAAGACAAUUCUGGAAACCUAUGAAAAGAUCCUGGAGCUCAUAGCUGCCCGACAUGAAUCACGUACUGUUCUACCGAUAGCCUCGCCUGAGUGGUUUGAAAGUUACUCUCGGUAAACAAGAACAGGAGGUCCCAUCCUCUGUGUAAGAAUCAAAUAAAACGAGCCGUUAGAGCGGUCUUGGAAUUUCUCUGGGCUUCCUUCUCCCAGAGCAGUCUGAAACAAGGAAGCUUUGUCAACGAAACGGCUCCGGUUUCCGUGCAGUCUGGCGUUCGUGUGAUGCUGCUACUCCAGCCUAAAGUGAAAAUAGAUGAUAUAUUCCAGACUACCAGGGAGUGAACUGGUAGUGAGGAAGGAAUUGCUCAAUUCAAGGGCUCACCAGACGUGGAGAACUCUGAAGCCCCCCUCUUACGGAGUCACCCCUUCAGGACUGGCUGAUCAAGUCCUUUCUUCUUGAAGCCUGCAUCACUGUUGACACGAAUCUAUCUAGCCAUCCCUCAGUGUGAAGAAGAGCAUGAGGUACCCGGCAGGUUGCUGGCACUACGUGCUGAUCACCCUUGGUUUAUUCCUGGCUUUGCAUCCAUCAGGAUCGAUUGAUUUAGCUGGCUCCCGGCCCAAUAUUGUCCUGUUCCUGGCAGAUGAUCUUGGAAUCGGAGAUCUCGGUUGCUAUGGUAAUGACACCUUAAGAACGCCCAAUAUCGAUCGCCUGGCCCAGGAGGGAGUGAGACUGACCCAGCAUAUCUCGGCGGCGUCUGUCUGCACCCCGAGCCGAGCAGCCUUCCUCACAGGAAGAUACCCCAUCCGCUCAGGCAUGAUCUCCAGUGAUGGAUACAGAGUUCUUCGAUGGACUGCCUGUUCGGGGGGGCUCCCCGCAAAUGAAACAACUUUUGGAGAGAUACUACAAGAGCAAGGCUAUUCCACUGGAUUAAUAGGGAAAUGGCACCAGGGACUGAACUGCGAACGGAGUUGGGACCACUGCCAUCACCCCCUGAACCACGGGUUCGACUACUUCUUCGGGAUGCCCUUCUCCCUCAUGGGGGAUUGCCAGCUCUCCCUGCACUCGGAGAAGCGGGCCCGCUUAGAGAACCAGUUCUCCCUGGCCGCCCAGAGCCUCGCCCUCGCCAGCCUCACCCUGGCCUUGGGCCGGGCCACGGGCCUGGUCCCGGCCCCGGGGAAGCUGAGCGCCUCCGUGGCCGGGGCCGCCGUCCUGGCGUUCGUCGCCUCUCGCCUCACCCACGCGCUCAUCAAGCACGCGGACUGCUUCCUGAUGAGGAACCACCUGAUCGUCGAGCAGCCAAUGGUCCUAGAGAGGACGUCGCCCCAGAUGCUCAGGGAGGCCGUGGCCUUCGUCGAAAGGAACAAGAAGGGACCUUUCCUCCUCUUCAUCUCAUGGUUGCAUGUCCAUUCCCCACUGGUGACCACAGAGAAGUUUCUGGGAACAAGCAAACACGGCCUGUACGGCGAUAAUGUAGAAGAGAUGGAUUGGAUGGUAGGCCAAGUUCUGGAUGCUUUAGACAAGGCGGGUUUGACAAAUCACACCCUCACGUACUUUGCCUCUGACCAUGGAGGAUCCUUAGAAUCCCGAGAAGGGAAUGACCAGCGUGGCGGCUGGAAUGGAAUAUAUAAAGGAGGCAAAGGAAUGGGAGGCUGGGAAGGCGGGAUCCGCGUGCCGGGGAUUUUCCGGUGGCCGGGCGUGCUGCCCGCCGGCGGGGUCAUCGAUGAACCCACGAGCCUCAUGGAUAUUUUGCCCACCGUGGCCUCCUUGGGCGGAGGAACCCUGCCCCGUGACAGGGUGAUGGAUGGCCAGAACCUGAUCCCUUUACUGCAAGGAACCACCCAACGCUCAGAUCACGAGUUCCUCUUUCAUUACUGUGAGACCUAUUUACAUGCAGUACGAUGGCACCACAGGGAAAGCGGUGCCGUCUGGAAAGUCCACUACGUGACUCCCGUCUUCCAUCCCAAGGGAGCGGGAGCCUGUUACGGGAGGUUGGUCUGCCCGUGCUUCGGGGACCGCGUGACCCAUCACGACCCGCCUUUGCUGUUUGACCUCUCCAGUGACCCGUCGGAAGCCAACCCGCUCUCCCCCGACACCGAGCCGCUGUUCGGCACGGUGCUGGAGAGCGUGGAGCGAGCCGUGGAGGCCCACAGGAGGACCAUCACGCCUGUGCCUCUCCAGCUCAACACGCUCAGUAACGCCUGGAGGCCGUGGCUGCAGCCCUGCUGUGGCACGUUCCCCUUCUGUUGGUGCGAUUCGGAAGGGAGCCGCCCACAGCCUUCCGCUUGACACCCAGAAGAUCGUGGGAUUGACCGACGCCAAUGGUGUGGGAAGGCUGGUUCCCGCUUCCUCAGAGUCCCUCAGAAACCAGAGUAGCAGCGUGGCCUAGUGCAUAGAACACGAGCCUGGGAGUCAGAGAAACCUGGGUUCUCAUCCUGCU